AUGAAGACGAUUUUCAGGCAGAAUAGCACUGAAGCUACUGAAUUUAUUCUUCUGGGACUAGUCAGUCGGCCAGAACUACAGCCAGUCCUUUUUGUGGUAUUUCUGGUGAUCUAUCUGAUCACCUUGACAGGGAACUUUGGAAUGAUCAUACUAAUUAGACUCACACCCCGACUUCAAACUCCUAUGUAUUUUUUCCUUACCCACUUGGCUCUUGUUGAUCUUUUUUAUUCUACUAAUGUCUCUCCUCAGAUGUUAAUUAACUUCUUGUCAGAGAAAAAAACUAUUUCCUAUAUUGGUUGUUUAACCCAGUGUUUCAUUUUUGUCACCCUGCUCCUUACCGAGUAUUACAUGCUUGGUGCAAUGGCUUAUGAUCGUUACAUAGCCAUAUGCAAACCUUUGCAUUACAGCACAAAGAUGUCGAAGCCUGUUUGUAUCUGCCUAGUCACUUUCCCUUACUUGUGGGGUUCUAUGGUGGGUACAAUGCAGGUCAUUUUAACAUCUCGCCUGUCUUUCUGUGGCCCUAAUACCAUCAAUCACUUUUACUGUGCUGACCCACCCCUCUUAAUGUUGACUUGCUCUGAUACCUACAUAAAACAAACUGCACUGUUCGUAUCUGCAGGAUUAAAUCUCACAGGCUCUUUGCUCAUUAUCCUUACCUCCUACAUCUUUAUUUUUGCCACUAUCCUGCGCAUGCGUUCCACUGAGGGGCAGCGCAAGGCUUUUUCCACUUGCGGCUCCCACUUGAUGGCUGUCACUAUGUUCUAUGGGUCCCUUUUCUGUAUGUACUUAAGGCCAGCCACUGAGAGUUCUGUGGAACAAGGGAAAAUUGUUGCUGUUUUCUGUAUCUUUGUAAGUCCUAUGUUAAACCCAUUUAUUUACAGCCUAAGAAACAAGGAUGUGAAGGAGGCUUUGAGAAAGAUGGCCAACAGAAAUAUUGGCAAAAUGGGAAAUCAAUGA